UGUAACUGAGCACCUUUUAAAUAUUUAUAAACAUGUUAUCAUAUUUCAACGGGAAAUAUUUAUUUUACAUGUCGUGACAUGGCAAUUAUAUUUUAGUUUACAUACUGACAAACAUUUACCGGUAUAUUAAACAGACUAACUGGAGAUAUAAUCGAUUCUUCCUGGUUUCUUUAAAAUUUUACAGUGUCAAGCAGUUAUUUAUGAGAAAUGGAUAUGUAUAAGUUAUUCAAGGACAAUAUUGGGAAGUCCUCUGCCGAAGACAGUGAAUUGUUUUGUCAGCCUUGUUGCAGUGACGGAGAUUGGGUGGUUGCCAUAGGAUAUUGUCAUAACUGUGAGGAACAUUUCUGCUCUGGAUGCUUAAAAGUCCAUCGUAAACAGGCUAUGAGUAGAAAUCAUAAAAUUUUAGAAGGUGAAAAGAUGCCUAAAACGCAGAUUGCAUCAAUGACAUUGGAUGCUUGUUCCGACUUGUGUGUGAUACAUACAAAUGAAAUAGUAAAAUACUAUUGCUCAGAUCACGAUUUGGUAGGUUGCGUCGAUUGUAUGGUGUUAGAACAUAAGGCAUGUAAAGUAGAGCUAAUAAAAGAUAUAUCAACUACCUACUUUGAUGGUCCAGAGCACAAAAAGCUUCAAAUUAAAGUCGGCAAUUUCCUAAAAACUUUAGAACAAGUAAAUGAGGAGAUUGUCAUUAACGAGAAAAUCAUGCAAGAAGUAUACACUAAAGCUGUUGAUGAUGUUAAAGCAUUCCGAAAAGAAAUUGCCGAUUACUUAGACAAAGCCGAGAAAGAUAUUAUGUCCAAAUUGAAUGAUAGAAGGAUCACAGAUGAAAGUGUUAUGUCAAAAUUGAGAAAAGAUAGAGUCUCGAUAAAAGAGCGUAUACAAAAUUUGCAAGGAAAACUAAAACUCCAAAAAAAUCAAGCAAAUGAAUUGUUUGUAGCAGCAAAAUAUCUAAACGAGAAAGUGACUUCUAUUGACGCCAGUAUUACACAAAUGCUUACUGACAGCCGCAUCAAGUCUUACAGGUUUUACCGCUCUUCAGAAAUCAGUGAAAUUGUCACCUCCAUGCCAAAGCUAGGUGAACUGUUGCAGAAUAUAGCAGAAACAGAACCACAAUGUGAAAUUGAAAUAAAAGCAUUAGAUGAUACGUUUGAUUGCUAUAUAGAAACAUGUGUUCUGAUUUCAGAAAGGCAGCUAAUAUUAAUAGAUUCUGAUAACAAAUGUGUGAAAUUAGUUAAUGUUGAAAAACAGCUGUUAUCAGAAAAGUACAAAUUGCGUAGCAAGCCGCAUGGUGUAGCAGCUGUAAGUCAGAAUCUUAUUGCCGUGACACUUCCGGAUGAACAGAAGUUACAGUUUCUUACCAUUACACAUAAUGAAAAGCUCACUGGAAGCCAUGAAAUUAGACUAAGUGACACUUGUAGAAGUAUCGAUUGCAAAAAAGAUAAAUUAAUUUUAGCGUAUGAAGAUCAUGUGGAAAUCCGGAACAUUACUGGACAGUUAAUAAAAACAUUGUCAAUUUCAGACAGCAAGGAAAGCAUAGCAUUCGCAGCAGACGCAAAGACAUUUUAUGUUUCUAACAGUCCUUUGAUACUUGCUCCGUCUGUAUAUAAAUAUGAUUUUGAAGGCAAUGUCAUUGCUUCAUACGAGGGCAAUUAUUUGUCUGGUAUUGCUGGGCUCCAUAUAACGAAAGAUGGUACAGUGCUGGUAGGUAACUGGCAGAGAAAUGGAAGUAUUCUCAUGCUUUCACCAGAGUGCAGGAAGAUAUGUGAAAUUAUGAAACAUAGUCAACACGUCAGUUAUCCAUGUAGCAUUUCAUACUGUGAUGAAACUAGAAUGCUUUUUAUAUGUAACUAUGAACUCAAUAUGGAUCCUAAACUGAAAAAUGUUUUGAAAAUAUUUCAGAUGUAAAAUUUAAAGGAAAUUUUACCACAUAAGAUUUUCAUAAACCAUUCUAACAUAUUCUGAUGAAUUUUUGCUCGCCAUUGACUGUUAGGUAGGGUUUCACUCCAUAAAGAUUCAUAAUAUAUAUGUUCUAUUUAUAGGGAAUCCCAUUGUUCAUACUAAAAGUUUAACUUUCUAAGCAGGGUUCACUACACACAGGUUAACACUAAAUCAGGCCAGACAGUAUUUUAUUUUUUUACAAAUGUAAAACAACAUGACAGGCAGUUUAAAUUUAUUUUUUUCUUAUAAAGAAAAUAUUAAUAAAUUAUCAGAAACAUGCUUAAAUACAAUGUGAUAUAACAAAAAUAGAUUGACAAUCAAUGGCAUAAAAUGUCAGUUAAUGAAAAUGACGUAAAUGAAGUUACCAGAGCGAUAUUUUUUGCAUACAAUUACACAAAUAAAAACUUUGUUUUCCCAAUAUUCUGAACUAUGGGCUGCUUCAAAAUUGCACAAUAUCAGAGUAAUUGCAAAAUUUCAGAUAAAAGCAGGUAGAUUUUUUUCAAAAUUAAAAAAAAAACAGUUUCAGCAAUAAUGAAUAAAACUGAGAACAAUGUAAUUCAGAAUGAUUAAAGUUAUAAAAUACUCUUAUGCAGUUAGUAAAAUGUAUAAUGGGUAAAAUCAUGGCAUUAGAUACUGUCAAAUCAUACGUUUAGUGUAGACUUUACCCUGCUAAAUUUCUAAAAUGGACUGGUCAAUCAUUCAAUUUGGGCAGAUCCACUUAUUAUUUGAAGGAGUGUUCACUGAAAUUUUACUGACUGAAUAGCUAACAGUGCAGACCAAGAUCAGCCUGCACGGAUUUUGGUCUGCAGUCGUAAAAAAGGCAAAUUCACUUGCUGCCAGCAGGCAAAUGGUUAAUGCCAAAACUGGUGAUUUUAUAGCGAUAUAAAUUCUUUGAUUUUAACUUUGAAAAUAAAAUGAAUAGGAAUUUUAUUUUUUCUUUGGGAUCAGCUUCCAUAGAUUGACCCAUCCUCCAAAAUUAGUACUUCAUAAAUGUUGGAUUUUAGAUGUAUCUGACAGAUUCCACCAAAACAAUCACUUUGAAAAUAAGCAGUACUGUAAUAUCAUUCACUUUUGUGGGCCUGAAAUUUCGUGGUUUUGGCAAAAAAUGGCCUUUUCAAAGGGAUAUAAAUUCGAGGAUUUCUAAUUUUGUACAAAAGAGGAAUUAUGGGAAAUUUCUUGUUCAUUUCAAUUUAAUUUCGUGGAUGAACUAAACCAAGCGAUCCAUGAAAAAAAACUGUCCCCUUCUUCUCAAGCAAAUAAAUGACUUCACAGUAAAAUUAUGGUUUUCGUAAUUCACCGAAUUUUGUCUUCUAAAUUUUGUGAUAUUUUGAGGUACAUCUACAGAUAUGCUGCUUUAAAUGUAUUUUUUUUGCAGUGACAGAUAUGCUGCUUUAAAUGUAUUUUUUUUGCAGUGUUUAGAAAUAAUGAACUGGUAAUAAUGAAAUUAAAAAUUUUCAAUAGAAACUGAAGAAAAACAAAAAUUGCAAAUUACAAAACAAGAGCUGUCCGUAUGACAGCCAAGCUUGACUGAUCGAAAUAUUGUCCCAGAAGCAGGAAAAUAUUACCCAAAAAGGUUAAAUAUCAAAAGAGUUUUAAGUUCAAAAGGGGGAAUAAUUUGACCAAAAUGCAUAUCAGUUAUGGGACUUGCUGCUAUCAACUAGUUUUAUAACCCCGAAGGCACAUGUGAAGUUCCAAUUCAAUAUCUGCAUUAGUUUUGGAGAUAGAAACUUGCAUGUAAAACUUUAACCAGAAUUUUUAAAGUCCAAAAGGGGGCAUAAUUUGCCCAAAAUACAUGCCAGAGUUAUGGGAUUUGAUCCAGUGAGGUUAGUAAUUGAUCUAGAAAAAGAAAAAAUAAGUUUCAAAUCUAUAUGCCUUUUAGUAAUAGCUGUAUGUACUUGCACGCAAAACUUUAACCAGAAUUUGCUAAGUCCAAAAGGGGAUAUAAUUUGGCCAAAAUGAAGGUCAGAGUUAUGGGACUUGCUGCUAUCAACUAGUUUUAUAACCCCGAAGACACAUGUGAAGUUUCAAAUCAAUAUCUGCAUUAGUUUUGGAGAUAAUAACUUGCAUGUAAAACUUUAACCAAAAUUUUCUAAGUCUAAAAGGGGGCAUAAUUUGCUCAAAAUACAUGUCAGAGUUAUGGGACUUGACCCAGUGAGGUUGGUAAUUGAUCUAGAAACAGAAAAAAUAAGUUUCAAAUUAAUAUGCCUUUUAGAAAUAGCUGUAUGUACAUGCAUGCAAAACUUUAACCAGAAUUUUCUAAGUCCAAAAGGGGGGCAUAAUUUGGCCAAAAUGAAGGUCAGAGUUGUGGGACUUGCUGCUAUCAACUAGAUUUAUAACCCCGAAGACACAUGUGAAGUUUCAAAUCAAUAUCUGCAUUAGUUUUGGAGAUAGUAACUUGCAUGUAAAACUUUAACCAAAAUUUUCUAAGUCUAAAAGAAGGCAUAAUUUGCUCAAAAUACAUGUCAGAGUUAUGGGUCUUGACCCAGUGAGGUUGGUAAUUGAUCUAGAAAAAGAAAAAAUAAGUUUCAAAUCUAUAUGCCUUUUAGAAAUAGCUGUAUGUACUUGCACGCAAAACUUUAACCAGAAUUUUCUAAGUCCAAAAGGGGGCAUAAUUUGGCCAAAAUGAAAGUCAGAGUUAUGGGACUUGCUGCUAUCAACUAGUUUUAUAACCCCGAAGACACAUGUGAAGUUUCAAAUCAAUAUCUGCAUUAGUUUUGGAGAUAGUAACUUGCAUGUAAAACUUUAACCAAAAUUUUCUAAGUCCAAAAGGGGGCAUAAUUUGCUCAAAAUACAUGUCAGAGAUAUGGGACUUGACCCAGAGAGGUUGGUAAUUGACCUAGAAAAAGAAAAAAUAAGUUUCAAAGCUAUUUGCCUUUAAUUGAUGGCUGUAUGUAAUUGCAUGCAAAAACUUAACCAAGGUGUGAUGCCGACGCCGACGCCAGGGUGAGUAGAAUAGCUAGACUAUUCUUCGAAUAGUCGAGCUAAUAAAUCCAACACUGCAGAUUAAAGAAUUUCUCCAACUAAAGUUGUCACAGGAGUGACGAAUUAUACCCCCACAAUAUGGCCUUGUCACAGAACUAAGCCAAUGUCAAAGCCGAACUUGCUUGACCUACUGACCACAAAAUCAAUAGAGGUCAUCUGCUAGUCAUGAUUAACCUCCCUAUAAAGUUUCAUGAUCCUCCGCCCAAGCGUUCUCAAGUUAUUGUCUGUAAAAGGUUUAAAUGACCUUUGACCUUUGGAACUCAAAAUCAAUAUGGGUCAUCUGCUUGAUAUGACCAACCUCCAGAUUAAGUUUCCUGAUCCUAGUCCCAAGCAUUCUCAAGUUAUUGUCCGAAAACUGUUUAAAUGUUCCGUUUCACUGACCUUGACCUGUUGUGACCUACUGACCUCAAAAUCAUUAGGGGUCAUCUGCUAGUCAUAACCAACCUCCCUAUCAAUUUUCAUGAUCCUUGGCCCAAGCAUUCUCAAGUUAUCAUCUGGAAACUGUUUAACUGUUCCAAGUCACUGCGACCUUGACCUUUGGCCUACUGACCUCAAAGUAAAACUUGACCUGUAUUUCAUCAUGUUACACCUGUGUACCAAAAUUUAU